AGUCACUUUCAUUGUACACUUAUACAAUCAGGUUGUGAAAUAGAACAGUGCACAGUUGUGCCAGUCCCAGAGGCUGUGCUGAUUAAAGUGGGGGAUGCACAGAACAUUUUGGCAGGAGAAGAGGCAGAGUAAACAGCUCUUUCACUUAGAGUAGCUGUGCUCUUACCUCCCUUUGGGUUACAGGUAGUUACAAAAGUAACUGCACCCUUUUGUUUUGUUUCUGUUUUUUUUUUUUUUAAACAGGCUUUCUCUGUUUAGCCCAGGCUGUCCUGGAACUUGCUCUAUAGACCAGGCUAGCCUUGAACUCAGAGGUCUGCCUGCCGCAUCUGCCUCUUUAGUGCUGGCACUAAAUGCAUGCGCCACCACUGCCCAGCUACCCUCAGGCUUUUAGUGAUAAAAACAGCAUGUUUCUUAGGAGGUCCCUUACAUUCUCCUGCUUAAAGAUAAUAUAAGAUAUAAAAGGUUUGAGGGAUAUAUUAUAUCACCCCUCCCCCCAAUUUUUUUUUUCAAAAUUGAUGCUUAUGCAAAUGCUUAAAAAGCUUGUUGGGUCAUUUGAUUGUCACCUUUCCUGAAUGUAUAAGGGCAGGUUAUGGGCUUUUCUAGAGUGUGACAGCCACAGCCUGUAGGAAGCAGCUGUUUGUUAGAACAGAUGGAAAAUGGGUGAUUUGAUGGGAGGUUGUGUCUUUUUCAGAGUCUGCUGAUUGAAACACACCUUUCAUGGUUGGUGUUUGGUGACCCUAGCAGUCUCCUGAUAGACAUAAAGGGGAUAUUUGUGGGGUGUUGCCCCUAUGUUAAUUCCAUGGUUAUGAUGAUACAUAAGUUAAUAACAUACCUUCUCUCCUCCACCACACCUGCCCCUUUCCUUUUUUGGAUGAUUUUUAUACGGAUUUUACAAACCUGACACGCCUCUUAAAGGUGGCACUGUGAUAACUGUUGGAAAGUAAUGGAAAUCUGUAGAAGUGUUGGCUCGACACCAGUGCUAGCCUUUUUGGUCACUUGGAUUCCUUUGUUUGCUCAUAGCUGUUUUAGUACCCUAAGAGUAUCCAAACUUUAUUUUAUCCAAAAUACAGGUUUGUGCCUUCAGUCAAGCUGUGCUAACCCCUGCUCUUCUUUCCUUUCAUGUAAGCAGUGGUAUAGCCUCAGGGACAGUCAAUGUGAAUUGCUGUCUGCAGACUUAGCUGGUAGCCUCACAUAAGAAAUUUGCCAUAUUUCUAUUUCAAGCCAUUGGUAUUUAGAUUUCAGGUAUAUUUAUAAGGAGGAUUUUGAGAUCUCCUCUUGCUUUGUCAUAGAAGUUGUUUUCUAUUUUAUUGAAAACUUAGAGGGACUGGGGAUAUGUGUACCUGUACCUCAGGAGUAGAUCAUAAGGCUGGUAGGGCAGAACUACCACACUCAGAAAAGAAUAUUAUGUCCUAAAUUGUAACCAUAGUUUUAGUGUUGCCUCAUCUCUGUGAAGGCCGACACAGCCUAGAAGCUUAGCUGAUCUUCCAAGGUCUCCCAACAAAGAUAAAAUGGGACAGUGGACAUUUUAGCCAGCGUAGCAAUCAGACCAUGUUUUCCUACUGUUAGGUCCAAAUCGGAAGCAAUUAAGUGGGUUUUAUGUUCGAAAAACUGUGUAUGAGGUUGUGUGGCUCUCGUGAGAAGGUGCUUGGUGACAUUAGGUGGCAGCCUUCAGAGGAGCUAUUGACAGCUUGGGAAAUUAUGGCCAUCUAAAGAAAGGUUUUGUGAUUAUAUGUUCAAGUAGGAAGAAAAGUUUUAACUUGCACUGAAAUAGUAUGAAAUACCAUUUUACAUGAGGCUUAGCCUCGGAGAUAAGUUUGCUGCACGUGUACUGAGUAGCAGGGUCCAUCCGUUCAUCUUCAACCUGCUUGAGAACGUUCUGUCUGGUUGCUGGGAAGUUGCCAUGGCCACAUUCUGUUUUGGAGUUGUAGAGUUAGUACCAACUUGGGACUCAAGCUUGUAGGUGGACUGUUGAAACCCACGAGCUGAAGUGGCUGUGAUGGAGCAGAGGGCUCUGAAGAAACUGGUGGAGUCCUUCAGAAAAACUGUCAAGUGCUUCAAGAAGUUUGAAGUUGAAUGUCUCAUACAGCUUUUCUAUAGCUUGGCGGGAUGCCCUAUUGGGAAGGUUGAUAACACCAAGCUGGACUGCAACGCAUUCCGAGGGGUUCUACAGAACUUUUUUGGAAUGACUAAUGAUGUGCUGAUGAAUAGGGUUUUCUUUGUAUUUGACAAAGACGGUGAUAGCCAUGUAAAUUUGCAAGAGUGGAUUAAAGGCUUGGCUGUGUUUCUCCGCGGGACUUUUGAAGAGAAGAUGAGAUUCUGUUUUGAAGUUUAUUAUUUAAGUGGAGAUGCUUAUAUUUCCCGGGAAAAAAUUUUUGACAUGUUGAAGAGUAGUCUCUUCCACAACUCUCCUGAAGAAGAGAACGAAGAAGGAAUAAAGGAUUUGGUAGAAAUAAGCCUGAAGAAGAUGGAUUAUGACAAUGAUGGCAAGAUCUCUUUUGAAGACUUUGAAAAGGCAGUGAGAAAAGACGGUCUUUUGUUGGAGGCGUUUGGACCAUGUUUACCAGAUGCAAAGACCUGCUUUCAUUUCGAAGCUCUGGUAUUCAAAAACAACUCCCCUGCUAGUUUUGAGCACAACCCGCUCAACACUUGAAUUAAAGUGAGACCCUGAUCUCCUUUAUUUGCAUCACA